CCUCGCAGUAAAGCCAGCACCCGGAGUGGGGGCGGGGUGGGUCGUGCCAACCCCCCCGCCACGGUCUCCGCCGCUAAUGCCUUUUCUCUGCUGCUGCGCAGGAGUCCCUGCGAAUGUAAUUCACCUGCCAGUGCCUCCAGCAGGAAGGAGGCUAAUCCCAUUGCGCGGUUUAGCGGCCCCCCCGCCUGCAGGUGAGGCGGCCGCAGAGGUGGGCGCCGCGCACCGAGCCCUGCCCGGCCGGCCCCCGCCUGCCCAGCAUGUCCGCCUAGAAUGUAUCAUCCUUCUUUUCCGAGGAGGCCGUUCACCUUGCUGAGUUACAGGUUCUCCCCAGGAGAGCUUCGUUUGGUUCUGGCACAGGGCAGAGCUGAAGAAGCAGCCCCUCGUGAUCCUGCCACUGGCCUGUAACAGAUCAAGCCUUUGUGACCCUUGCUGCUGAUGAUGUGUACUGUCAAGGCGCUCUCGUUCUCGGACAGUCAUUGAGGAACCAUAAGACAUCCAGAAAAUUAGCAGUUCUAGUUACCCCAGAGGUUUCCAGUGGGAUGAGGUCAGUCCUCAGCAGUGUAUUUGAUGAAGUGAUCGAGGUGGAUGUGCUUGACAGUGCUGACUCAGUCCAUUUGGCUCUGAUGCAGAGGCCAGAACUGGGUGUAACCUUCACUAAGCUUCAUUGUUGGACUCUUACUCAUUACAGCAAAUGUGUCUUCAUGGAUGCAGACACUUUGGUACUUUGCAAUGUGGAUGAGUUGUUCGAUCGAGAAGAGUUUUCGGCAGCUCCUGAUUCUGGCUGGCCCGACUGCUUCAAUAGUGGUGUAUUUGUGUUCCGGCCCUCCUUGAGGACUUACAACCUCCUGCUCCGGUUUGCUGCUGAACAUGGCAGCUUUGAUGGAGGUGAUCAAGGCUUGUUGAACAGCUUCUUCAGCAACUGGGCAACAGCAGAUAUUGGCAAACACUUGCCCUUCCUCUAUAACUUAAGCAGCAGCUCUGUAUACACCUAUGUUCCUGCUUUCAAUCAUUUUGGUAGAGAUGCCAAAGUUGUUCACUUCUUGGGAGCAACAAAGCCCUGGAACUACAAAUACAACCUUCAAACAAGGAGAGUUAUGCAGGAUGGCACCACCUCUGGAUCUUUUAAUCAACUGUCAUUUCUUGCCCUCUGGUGGAAUAUAUACAGUGCUAGUAUAUUGCCUUUGUUGGAAAAACAUCAAAAGAUGGAAGACUCAGAAUCUGAGGAAUGCAAGCAUGCUUUCAAUGGAGUUGAAGUUACACUGAAGAAGAUCAGUCCUUGUGUGCCCAGUUCACUGCCAAUGCCCGAGCUCCCAGAGCAGACAAAUGAAGUAAAUCCCACAGCAUGCUCACCCGAGGAACUCGCCUUCAAAGCCCAACCUGUGUAUGAAGUCGAACCAAGAGAUCCUAAUGUCCAUCUCUCUGAGCCUGACAGACAUUCAGAACAACCGGUACUUCAACCUGUGUUUCAGGAAACCUCAGAAAUGAACGAGGUUGCACAUUCUGUUUCAGAGCUGUCUAUUCACUUCAAACCAGCAAAACCAGUUCCAGAAGAUGAGCGGAGAAAAUGGGAGGAAGGGCGCAUGGACUACAUGGGGAAAGAUGCUUUUGAACAUAUCAAAAAGAAAUUGGAUGCAUUUUUACACUAAGACAGGAUGUCCUGUUAUGCCCAUCAUGAUACAUUUCUUUAUAAAUGCAAUUCUUGAAUACUUGGGUGUCUUAACCAGUUCACCUGAGGCCAGUUAGAGGUUAUUAUGGAUCCUCAUACAUUCUCUGUCUUAACAGAUAGAGACCCUUGGUUUUUAACUGAUAAAUGUGCCUCAUCUUCAUUGUUCUCCCAUAGUGCCUUCUAAAGAAUAAUGAAUGGUACCUCUCUGAGUGUGAGCUCUCAUGUACUUACCACUCUUCCCUGAUGCACCCCGUAGCAUUCUGCAGAAACAGUCACGAGUAGGAAACAUGUUGGAAAUUGAGAUUAUUUUCGAAGAUGAGCUUUUCCAAAACUGAGAUUAUUCCCAAAGUACUUUCAGAAGUUGGUAUAAAGUAUUUAAAUAACAAAAAAAACCUUAUUCUUGAAACCAAAUUAACACCUUCAAGGGUGAUCAUGACGUAGACUUCAAUACAGGAAAGAAGGGAAGAGAUGAAAUCCUGACCUCAUAGAAGUCUGCAACAAAACUUUUUAAUUUAAGCAUGUUUAGGAUUAGAGGAACUUUAGACUUCAUCCAAGAUCACUAGUGGAUGCUCUACCUAUUUAUAGGAAGCUGCUCAGCUCCAUAACUAAUGUGAGAAAGCGUGCUCUAAAACUCUUUAAGACACACUGAUAAUGCAUGUUAACCUUUUAAAUUGUUGCUAGAGGAUACUGAUGCUUUUUAAAAUAUUGUGAGCUUUAGUUGCAUAUUCUGAUUUGUGUGGUCAGAAGAAAUGCUGACAGCAUGGUGUAAACCUUCUGGUGCUUUUAUAUCAAUUUGUUUACAGUACAUCAAACUGCAGCUGAUAAAGGCCUUUUUUGGCUUAGCAUUGUUGCCCCAUACUGCAGGCAAUUUGAGUGCAACUGAAAACAAAAUUGGCACUUGUGUUAGUAAACAGGCCCUUUGAAGAUCUUUUAAACAAUAGCUGUGUGUGGGAACCAGUAAAUCUCUGAGGAUAAUUCCCCAAAAAAUCUACUGAUGAGACCGCAUUAUAUUAAGGAUACUUACAGGGGAUCGUUUGCUGUAUUUGGGUACUUAAAUUUGACUCAUCUCAGUGAGUUUGUUUUAACAAACAAGUAAAAUACUUUCUUUCAAAGCAAAAAACUUAAAAGAGUCUUGGCAGUUGUGCUAAUAUAAUAACAGAUUUGACCAUUAUUUGUAACCUCACUCAAUAUUGGAAUAAGAAUUCUGCAGUGAUGUUGCAGGACUUGAAACGUUUUGGUCUAAAUACAUCACAAAUUUUAGCAGAGAGAUACCUAACGAAAUAUCUUGGGAAUUCUGUCUAAAAGCAAUGAUGUACCAUUAUGCACAGAUGCUAGCAGGAAAAAAAGGAUAGCAGGAGGAAAGAAAAUUUUAUUUUUUUUUCUCCCCAAAAAUAAUGAGAGGGUGGGGCAGGGAAUAAAUGUACAAAUCAGGAAAGGAAUGAAAGAGUCAAAAGGUCCCUUAAAAGAAGAAAAAAAUAUCUUUGUGCACCUUAGAAUUACUUCCUAAUAUUCACAUUAGUGGAUUUGCUUUCACUUUUGUAGGAUAUUUCUGAUUUUAUCUAGUUCUCAUUUCUCCUUAAAUUCUUAAAGUGGAAUGCUAUUGGUGUGUCUGUUGAAUACAGGCUUCUAGGUCCAGUUAGGUGUUUAGGGUCAACAGAGAAAUUGAGAACAGUCUUCUGUGCAUCUCUCUCUCUGGCUAACCUUGGCACCCUCCACAGCCUGUGUUCCUGGGUAGGUGACCUUCACACAUCAACACAGGUAGGUGUGUUCUACCUCUUGGUGCUGUGGCCCAGUGCAGCAGCGUGGAGAUGACAGCAGCUGCAGUGUACCCUUACUCACAUGGCAUUUGAUCUUCUGAUUAUCCCUGCUUCUUAGUGAUCCUUAUGCACUUCUGAGAAAGUCCUCUGUUUCAUAAACAUUGUUGCUAAUAUAAUUCUAACAGUUUUUGAAGAGUGUAGAAAGCUGUAGUCAGCAAUGUGAACUCAUGGUUCAUGCAGCUGUACUUUUUACAUUAACUGCUAGAUCUUAUUUGGUACAUUGAUUAGAUUAUGGGAGAAAAAUUACUGGUGUGAAAUCAGUAACUGAAAGGUUUUAAAAAUAGGAAUAUGAAUGUAGUAAAAUGUGUCAUUGAGCACAUUUCAAACUGUUAAUAUGUAUAAUGGUACUCUGUGUGGCUUUUACAAUGUUUUAAAAAGAAUUGUAGUACAUUAAUGUAAUGGAAAUAAAAGAAAUGGAAAAGACA